AUGUCAAACCGCACAAAGACACCGUGUUUUGAAUGUCGAAAACGACGACGAAAGUGUGUUUGGCAUAGGUACUCCCUCGUUUGUCAAAGGUGUGCACAGCGAGAUAUCGAGUGUGUGCCGAUCGAUGAUCAUAAUAGCAGCCUAACGGAUGAUGACGAUGCACGUUCCGAAGAUGGUGAUCAGGACUUGCAACAAUGGAUAAACGAUAUCUUGCAACUGCAGCACACAGCACAGCAGCUUGAGACGACGUUGGAUCGUAUUCGAUCUGAUAUCAUUGACCCGUCAUGGACUUUUCAUAUUGUGAAUGAUCAGCUACGACUCGAAUCAGGCAAUGUCAAUCUUUUUCAGUAUGGUGAGGCCUGUUUUCGGUACUUGUCACCAUUUGCAGCCUUGUUUCAUAAAGAACCUGUCACAUUCGAGUGUGCGGCUUUGCAUAACCUUCUCGAAGGCUUUCGUCUCGUUUCGCAGCUUAAACUCGAGCACAACACAGCUGCUUCCAUGACAACACCAUUGCUCACUGAGCCGUGCAUUGAUUUCGAGAAAAUGAUGGAUACACUUGUUCACUUUUACAUCCAUGAUCAUCCCCCACAAGUCUUGCCUAUAUUACACAUUCCCAGCUAUGAUCGGCAUUACAAAUCUCUACGAGAUAAAAUGGCAUGUCCUAUCACCUUGGCAAUUUGUGUCAAUGCAGCAUCAAGUCCUAUGCUACCUAUGAAAGGUUACACUGCCAAGGAACGACGAGCCAUCGGUGACUUUUUUUUCCAUCGCUGCCAUGAGGUCCUUUUCGAUAUCUUUGAUGAUCCUGAACGCCGACUCGACGUUUUGACCACCAUCUCAUUGCUAUAUCAUUAUCUUUCAGUUGUACGUUUAUGGUUCACCGAAGCACGUCGACUUGCUACCAUUGCUUUAUGUAUAUGCGAUGACAUUCAACGAUCGGGCUUGGAGCUGACACCAAUACAGCAUGCCAUGUUCCAAAGACAGCAUUUGCAAUCCAGAUACGUGAUGCAUUUUCUUGAUCUGGUCAUGCAUCAAGCAUACAUAAAUGAAGAGGAUCUUUUUAAUGUGGAACCUUUUGCCAUGGAACUCGAGAUUCUGGAGGACGAAUCUAAUACCGUGGAAUGGAACAUCAAGGCCAUUAAUCAUGUUUCUCGUUUAUGUUUAUCCCCUUACUUUCUAUUGAUAAUGAAUCAGCUAAGGAACAUCAUUUGUAAUCGCCACGCUGAAUUAAACCUACAUGUUUUUCUUCGAUUUGAAGCGAUCAUGCGUGAAUGGUGGAAAAGUUUACCAGAUGAAUUACGAGUGUGCGAUGAUCCAUAUUCACCGAAUGCGCUCGACGGCAUCAAAAAGGAUACAAACAUCACCGCAUUGCUUGUGCUACAUACAAUUACUGCAUUGGUGCAUGCGUCGAUUCUCAAACCACAAAUACGAUCAAGCACAGAGGACGAUUUCCUUCAUGCCAUGCGGCAGAGAGCACUCACUAUGACUAUGCGUUCGCUUGAUGUCAUUACGCGUGCAUCAUUGGCAAGCUACGAACAUACAUUUGUCUAUUCAGAGAUAUUGGCUUUCGGUAUAAUGGGUCAUAUGAUGUAUGCCAUGGCUUGUAUCCAAGAAUGCCCUGAAGUGCAACUGAGCUCUCAAUCAAAGAUACUCUUUUCCAAGAUCUUCAAGGGCUUUUCAUCCUUUCUUCCAUCCGAUCACCGUAUGCCUUCUUCUAUAUCUCCUAUGGCAAGUGCUAUCACACUACACCAUGCUUCUCCUACCAUGUGCCUUUACAAUGACUACCCCAUGCCAGGCUAUGCUCUAAUAUCAGAUACUUUGACGGUUUCAUUCGAUCGAUUACAAAGUUUGCUUACUCCCUUUCCCCAUUGA